AGAAAUCAGUGACGUAUUUUCUGCCAGUUUGUGUGGAAUGAUGCACUCAAAUUGAAUUUCUUUUUUGCUAAAAAGAAGGUCGCGAAAUUGCAAUCGCACUCUGAACGACAGCCACCUGCGUCAGUACGUCAGCCUUCUUCACCAUGCUUCCGCACGCGUGAGUGAGGCUACGACGGUCGACGACGAUCAAAAAUGUUUUAAAGAACCUCAUCUCUUACGGCAAACAAACGCAAGCAUGAAUAACAGCAAUGCAGGCGACGACAGUGACAGUGACCUGGACCCCAGGAUUCAGGAGGAGCUUGAAAACCUCAACUCUCAGACGGACGAAAUCAAUAAGCUGGAGGUAGACCUGGAAAACGCAAAUGCGUACUUUCGAAAAUUAUUGACUGAAUCGACCGAGCGAUUGAAGGAACUUGCCAAAAAGUAUGGUUCGGCCGUGAACAAAGCCAGACCCUAUCACCAGGCGGUGGCAGCUGCUCACCAAGCUCAGAUUGAAUGUCAAGAAGCUGCUCUAAAUUUCCAAAAGGCUUCUCAAAUUCACCGAGCGGCAAAGGAAACUGUGACACUAGCAGAACAGCGAUUCAUUAGUAAACAAGGAGACUGGACUUUUGAUGGUACAUGGCAGGAUGUGCUCAACCACGCAACUAUGAAGGUCACUGAAGCAGAGACUCAGAGAUCAGUCGCUGAGAAAGAACACCAGUUGAAAGCUGCCGCAUUUAUAGAGGCUGAGACGCUGGUGAAAAAGCUGCACUCUGACUCGAGAUUUUCAAUUCUCAGAUCUCAGUCUUAUUUUAAUGAAAAAGAGGCCUUUGACAAAAAAUUAAGCGAGCAAAAGGCUCUAGUGGGCAGAUUGCAAGUUGAAGUAGCAAAAGCCAAACAAGAAUACAAGGCUGCCCUGGGCCGACUUGAAGUCAUCUCGGACGAAAUCCAUUUCAGACGCACCAAAGGCCCGCGAGAGCCUGGAGUUGGAGCUGAGCUCGUCGUGGAAGUUGUUGAAGAAAUUGCUGCUCUGGGUAUUUGCGAGAAUGACAAGCAAAGCUGUGACAAAAUUUUUAUAGGAGAUACGGGGGAAAUGACAAAGAAAGCUCAAGAUGCUGGUGCAGAUGAAGUUCAAGAAGCCUUGAAAUGAGGCAUAAAUCAAAGUGAUUCAGGCAGAAUUUUAUACUUCGUUUUCUCAUCUAGAUAUACCAAAAUAUGUGAAAUAUUAGAGUUAAAGAAGCCAAUGCAAGUCAAAAUUUUAAACUUUUAAAUGUCUACAGAAGCUGUUAUCUGCUGCAGAAUAUUUACACGUUAACACACAACAUUCAAAAGUACAAGCACCUGUCUGCAGUUUAAUUUUGCAGUUGGUCGUCAUUAAUAGUAAUAAUUUAUAUUCUGCUUUUUAGUCUGUAGUUCCGUUUGAUUUUGCCAGCAAUGAUAUUAUUUUACACCACGCUACGCUAAACUUUUGGAGGAUUGUGCUGGGAUUACGUGAAUAUGGUUUAGAGAGGCAAAGUAAGGUAAAAUGAAUCCCAACUUACAUCAGAAGCUUUUUGCAAGUUUGUUUAGAAUCUCUGCUCAGCACAUUCCGUGAGAUAUGAGCUCACCCAGUCCCAAUAACACCGCCGAGCAGAUAACAUGAGGCCCCAGUGGCCGCAGAGGAACUUGGACCCAAUGUAGCCAAUUUGUCGGCUCCCUGCACUAAGGUCCUAUUGAAUAGCCAGACAUUUCUUUAUAAAGUUGAGCUUGCAGUUGAUUUAACUCAAAUUAAUGCUCAUCGUGAGAUGCCGUAGGCGCUUCAUUUGUGGCCUUUUGUUUGACGCCAACUAUAAUAAUAUAGUAUGAUGAUAUUGUUGUUUUCUUUUUGAUUCCAUGGCUUUAAAGAUUUCUUAUAAGUUACAACGUAGAAUAAACCAACUGAAUUGUAUACAA